AUGGCUGAAAACCAAGACUUAGGUAAAAAAGUGAAACGAGUGAAAGGCGAAAAGGCAGUGCAACCAGAAUUUUACCAAGAGGCGAAGGUUGUGUGCAACGGACAAGAGGUGAUGACCGUCGGCGGUACCCAAGCGGAAUACGUCGUGGAUAUUUGGUCUGGAAACCACCCGUUUUUCCAAGGGAAGAAAGGGGCGAUCAUGACGGAUGUCGGUCAAGUCACUCGAUUCGGGGACAAAUAUGGCGAUUUGGGUGAUUUGUCGUUCGUUGAAACCAUGGAUGGUAAGAGCGAAGCGGGUGAAGCGAAGACCAUCACGAGAGGAAAGUCGCAAAAGAAGAAUUAA